AUGAAGAAAGAAUGCAUAAAGUACAAAAACUGGCUAGAUAAGCAGAAAACUAAAGGUAACUGUGAACAUAUUCUAGUUUGUAUUGAAUUAAAUUUGGUUGAUUUCUCGCAUGAUUCAUGGUGGCUAGACAGUGGUGCUUCUAUUCAUGUAGCUAAUUCUUUGCAGGGAUUCAUAAGGAAGAGACUGCUAAGCAAGGAUGAAGUGAAGGUGUUCGUUGGCAAUGGAGAAAAGGUUCAAGUAGAAUUCAUAGGAGCAAUUAGAAUUGAAUUAGAGUUUGGAUUUGUUUUGGAGUUAGAUGAAGUAGUUUACAUUCCUUCUAUGAAGAAGAGUUUAAUUUCAAUUAGUAGGCUUGUAAAAUCAAAGUUCAAAUUGAAUUUUGUUGGAACUGGUUGUUCUAUUUUCGAGAAUGAAGAGUUAAUUGGCAAAGCAAGGCUCAUUGAUGGAAUGUUUCAAUUAAAUUGCAAAAGAACUGAAAUGGAAGUUAACAGUGUGCAAACCAAAACAAGCAAUGAAGUCUCCUAUAAACUAUGGCAUAAAAGGCUUGGCCACAUCUCAAAAGAAAGGAUUAAUCAACUAUGCAAAGAAUCAAUCUUGCCAUCAAUGAAUCAUGACAAUCAAAAUGAAAUAUGCAUUGAAUGUGUCAAGGGGAAAUUGACUAAAUUAAGGGAAAAGGGAGCAAUAGGAAGCAAAGGUGUCUUAGAACUCAUUCACACAGAUAUCUAUGGUCUUUUUCCUAAUCCUACUGAUGAAGGAUUUACCUACUUCAUAACUUUCACAAACGAUUUCUCAAGGUUUGGACAUGUCUAUCUCAUAAAAGAAAAAUCAAGUGCCUUAGACAUGUUCAAAAUUUACAAAGCUGAAUUAGAAAAUCAACUAAACCUCAAAAUUAAAUUAGUUCGAUUGGAUAAAUGUGGAGAAUACUAUGGAAGAUUUGAUGAGACUGGAAGAAAUCCUCGAGUCUUUGCAAAAUUCCUCCAGCAAGAAGGAAUUAUAGCUCAAUACACAAAUCUAGGUACUCCUCAACAAAAUAGAAUCUCAUAA